UAUAUGCAUGAACAAUCAGUUGGCAAAUGACAUCAAUAUAUGCUUCUCAGAAUUGUAAUAACUUUACAUUAAAUUCGUCGCAAACAAAUAAUGAUUUGAACGAGAGGGAGUCCCAGCGCGGUAUAUAGAAUCGCAACUGUAUACUUUUAUAUGACUGUGUUUUCUGAUUGAUUUGAGGCGAAUGGAAGCAGAGAAAAUCGAUGAAAAGAUUCACUCAAUUCCCCUUCAGUGAAAGUACUAAAAUCGAUCUUAUUAGCAGCUACCUGAGCGCUAAGCACACUUUUCAAGAACUACAAGAAGUGUGGUAUCAAAUUUGAUUCUGCUAACGGUUUCAAUUUACCAUUCCUUCUUUGGCAUUUAAAGUAGACUGCUUUCUAAAAUCUACUCUUUAAUUAACGUCACUGGCUAUUCUGUUAUCGCCGAGUUAAUGGAGCAUCUAAGACAGCAGUCUCUAUAAGAAAUUAUGUUCAGUUUCCGAUCGACAACCCUCUAAAAAACCUCAAAAUAAACCGACCGUCUGUUUCUGAAGCUCAGUUGGUGGAGCAUGGACUUACUGGAGGCAACAGUGGAUCUCUCUAUUGAGCUGGUUAAGUUCAUUAAUGUGGAUCUUCUCAGCAAAGGGGACUAUCGAAUCGCAGUUGAAGUCGAACCCAAUGAGAGGUUGAAGGCAUUCGUACAAAGUGUUUCCAGGAAUGAAUAUGCCGUUAAACCAGAGGUGCGUUCCAAUCAAGUGGGACUGAGCAAGACUCUGGAAAUAGAGUUCAAACACAGUCGCCAUUCGUUAGAUGAACUGUUCAACAUACAAGUGACCUUUCUAGUUGACCCCAGACAGCCAAUUGAGAGUGCUAACAAUACGCCAAUCAAAUUGAAGUUGACGUUGUGGGGAGUGGCACACCGAGUCGCCAAAUCAUCGCCUCUGCAGGUGCGUGAGAGUCUGAUGGAACCCCUUUCCGAACGAGUGCUCUCCCUCCACUGUCCAGUCCAAGAGGGACUCCAUUGGGCGGCUCCUGUUCUCUUUGACUUCUGCCACAGGUGCUGUGUGUUGGUUGUAGUCCACGGUCAGAUGUGGAGUCUCAGUCAACCGAAGUUCUGGAGAAUGAUGAGCAGUAGCUUUGGAGCACUUGAAGGCAAAACCGGCUAUCCCGUGGCUGGCGAAAUUUCUCCCUCUCCUAGCCAAGUACAUCUUUUACCCAAUGGCUACACACCAGUGGUGACUAGUCAGCCAACUGAAAUAACAGCUCUUGUGUCGGAGAACAGCACUAGUGAUAUUCAGGCUGCAGGCAGCGGUGGAAUUUCGUCGGGAGACAUUGAGCAUGUACUGUUCGGAAGAGCGUUGUUGCCAACGGACACAUUGCAAGACUUCGACCGCUUCAAAGUGAUGAAUCUGAGCAAAAACAUCUUCUACACACUUCUGGUGGCACAGCAGUCCAUUAUCAAUGCUAUCGAGAACCACAAUCCCUACUUCAGUCCCACAAUAAACACUGCAUCGCGUCAGUUUGAUAUGUGUUCCAAGCUGCGACAGUCAAUGAACAAAGUGCGGCAGUGUGAGUGUCCAGACGACAUUGUUGCGGUAGUGGGAACCAACUUGGCCAGUCUGGAUGCUGAAAAUAUGGUAUUGUGGGAUGAGUUUGUGAAGGCGGCUACAGUGAUGUUGUGUGACAUAGACACUGAUAUGGAGAUCCUGGCUCCCAAUUACAAUCUAAAUACUCAUUUGUUCACAUUGCAUCAUCAGAUGAUGAUUCAGAAGAACUCAGAAGCAUUUUUCUACAGUUACAGACAGAAGGCAUUGGCCGCUGCUUUUGCCUCAAGUGAGAUGCGCCAGCAAGUAUCCGAAAUCCUUCGCAACCACAACUACAUCAAAGUACUGCCACCAUUCCCAAUCGAGUGUUCCGAAUCACAGCUGAACGCAGCCAACAUGCCUAUCAUAUUCGAGGAGAUUUACGUUGAGAAUCCAACAGAAUACAUCAUAGCCCAUUCGCCUUCAGUGGACGUUGAACUGUCGCUGAAUGAAAGUUUAGCGUACCAGAAUAUCAGUGGGACUAAUAGCGUUGUUGCCAGUCCAUCCAGGCUGGCGGAGGGAUCUCUGGUAGCUCUGGAUCCGAGUAAGCAGCCAAUGGUGAACGGAAAGCGAAGUCACGAUGUGUCACCGAAUGUUUCUGCUCCUACGCCCGAGCUCAACUCACCCAGCAACCCUCAGCUGAUUGGUACUAGCAACAGACUACAGCUUGCAAAGAGUGCCCUGAACAAACUUAGCCGUCUAUCAUCCACCUCUAAACAACAACAACCGCCCUGCUCUUCAUGUAGACCGUCUCUCAAACGCUCUUUCUCCUGUUCCAGUUUCAAAACUGAGUUUGAACUUCAUUUAAAUCUACCAGAAGCCAAAUCUAGAGGUAAUCACGAACAUGCGAAACCCAAGCCCCUCUCCGUUAGUUUUUCGGUGGACGGGAAAUUUUCCGCGUUUUCAACAGUUUUGAAGUCCAAUCGAAGUGAUUCAUCAUUUGACACGACAAUCACAACACGCAACCCAGUAAUCAACGCUGAAGGAACAUCUCAUACUUGUUCGAAUUGUGAAACUAGGAGCUCGAUAAGAGGCAUGAACAGAAUAGCAGAUGCAAGAGAUAUCCUGACCCAAUUUUCCUCUCAGGUUGAAAGUUUGAGUUCGACGGAUGUUCUGAGAACUUUGCAAGCUGCGAAAAACAGAUCAGUUUCACCAUUCCAAGCAAUCUUAGCAGGAGCAAUUGAAGUUGAAAACGUGCUCUCAUUUCUGGACGACGUACAAUGCUCACGUAUGGAACCGUUGUUGUUCACGCCGAAACACCUUGAAAAAAUCAAACGAAUGCGAAAACAAGUCGAGUCCAUCCUGAGAGAUCAAAGAAUAAAACUCAACUGGUAUGCUCAUCUGAGUUCCGAUCUGUUCUCCUGCACUGAGCCCUACUUUCUCGAGACUCCAAAUGAGUUUGCUUACCAUGUAUCGGAGUCUGGACCUGGAUGCCAUUUAGUAAUAUGCGUCCAUGGAUUAGAUGGCAACUGUCAGGAUCUGAGAACACUGCGGACGUUCAUGUUGAUGGCGAUGAAGUUGCCGCUGUCCAAGAUCCGAUUUCUGAUGUCACGUGCCAAUGAAGACGACACGAUGAAUGAGACGUUAGAGAGUCUGACUAACCGUCUGGUUGACGAGAUUGAUGAGCAUAUCCAACAGACUAAUUUGAUCUAUGACAGAAUUAGCUUUAUUGGUCACUCUCUCGGAGCUUUAAUAAUCAGGGCUGCCCUUGCCAAACCGGCAAUGCAUAAGUACCAUGAUCGCCUCUACACUUAUCUCUCCCUCGCUGGACCCCAUCUAGGCACAGGAUACCAGAACUCGAAGCUGGUCUCGGCUGGAAUGUGGGUGUUCCAGAAACUGAAAAAGUCCCCGGCCAUCAAUCAGCUGUCGCUCAAGGAUGAGGUCAUUUUGGAGAAGACUUUCGUGUUUAAAACGAGCGCGCAGAGAAGUUUGGAGUUUUUCACAAAUGUGCUACUUGUUUCCUCACAUCAAGACAAAUACGUCCCCCCUCACUCGGCCAGAAUAGAAUUAUGCGAAAAAGCAGUUAAAGACGACUCCCUAUUUGGACGAACAUAUCGCACCAUGGUCGACAAUAUCCUUUCGCCCAUAAUAUCAAAACCCGACUUAAAACUCGUCCGAUACGACGUCUCUUUUCCCCUGAGCACGAGUGCGGCAAACAAUCUUAUCGGAAGGACUGCUCAUAUCGCUGUACUGGAUUCUGAAGUUUGGAUGGAGAAGUUUUUUACGGUAGUCGCUCUGAAGUAUUUCACGUGAAGGUCAAGUUCUUUCAAAAUGGCUGCCAAGUUAUUAAAUUAUUAGAAUUUGAUGUCGACCAUUGUUGCUGAUUUUUUUCAAUGCAAUUAUAAAAUUGUAAAUCUAGCAAAGUUUGAUAUUCCUUUAGGACUAAAUGUUGAUACUAUGUAUUUGAUGGGUAGAUUAUGUUAGAAUAUUGGAUUAGUUACGAUUCAACUGAGAAAGUGAAAUUCUGAUUGCGUAGAGUCGAGAGAGCUUCGCCUUAGAGCUGAUGUCUUUUCUCAUUAGUACACCUUCUAUUGUUGCUUUCUGCCAAAAUUUCUUGAUAGAUUAAAAUACUGCUUUAUUUACAUGACUUGUUGAUACUAACAGGAUCAAGAUCACAGGGAAACAAUUUUGCCAUCGACAGUUUUUCUCUUUCCUUAAUAUAACGAUGGAAUUACGAUGACUUUUCCAGGUUAACAACUUGUGUAACAGA